AUGACCCUGAGCUCAACCCCGAGCGUCGGCAGUCCUUUCUUAUUACUGAACACAAUCUCCAAGGCCAGAAAUUUUCGUUCUUUCGUGAAGCACACUGCUACCGCUUGCCCAUCGGGAAUAUCUUCUUUUAUUCUGGUGCGAGUAAAUUUCAAAACUCUGUCCGUUAACAUCUAUCUAUCUAUCUAUCUAUCUAUCUAUCUAUCUCAGUCUGUUCCUAUCUAUCUAUCUAUCUAUCUAUCUAUCUCAUCUAUCUAUCUAUCUAUCUAUCUAUCUAUCUAUCUAUCUAUCUAUCUCUGUCCGUUCAUGUCUACCUAUGGUUAUUCAUAUGUAUGUAUCUAUCUAUCUAUAUGUCUCUGUCCGUUAACAUCUAUCUAUCUAUCUAUCUAUCUAUCUAUCUAUCUAUCUAUCUAUCUAUCUAUCUAUCUCAGUCUGUUCCUAUCUAUCUAUCUCAGUCUGUUCCUAUCUAUCUAUCUAUCUAUCUAUCUAUCUAUCUAUCUAUCUAUCUCUGUCCGUUCAUGUCUACCUAUGGUUAUUCAUAUGUAUGUAUGUAUGUAUGUAUCUAUCUAUCUAUCUAUCUGCAACCUAUCUAUCUAUCUAUCUAUCUAUCUAUCUAUCUAUCUAUCUAUCUAUCUAUCUAUCAGUCUGUUCAUUAUCUAUCUGGAGGGAGAGAGAGGGAGAGAGACUAGCAUUAUUAUUUUAUUUCUUUCUAUCUAUCUAUCUAUCUAUCUUCAAAAAUCCUGUUUCUUUUUUCUAUCUAUCUAUCUAUCUAUCUAUCUAUCUAUCUAUCUAUCUAUCUAUCUAUGUGUAGUGUGGGCGCGGAAGGCAGAUGUCGAGAAUACCCUGUUUGUUUUUUUUUUCUUUCUUUAUUCUAUCUAUCUAUCUAUCUAUCUAUCUAUCUCUCUAUCUAUUUGUAGUGUGGGCGCGGAAGCCUUAUUUCUUUCUUUCUUUCUUUCUUUCUUCUUCUUCUUCUUCUUCUUCUUCUUCUUCUUCUUCUUCUUCUUCUUCUUCUUCACUUUGAAGCGUUCUUUCCUUUGUGCUCCCCCUCUUCUUCUUCACUUUGAAGCCUUCUUUCCUUUCCUUCUUUCCUUUGUGCUCCCCCUCUUCUUCACUUUGAAGCCUUCUUUCCUUUGUAAUCUCCUCCUCCUCCUGCUCUUCUUCUUCUUCUCUUUGAAGCGUUCUUUCCUUUGUGCUGCCCCUCUUCUUCUUCUUCGUUUCCUCUUCUUUGCAGCGUUCAUUCCUUUGUCCUUAUUCUUCUCCUUCUCCCCCUCUUCUUCUUCUUCUUUACUUCUUCUCCUUUGCAGCGUUCUUCCCUUAGUACUCACCCUCCUUCUUCUCCUCCUCAUCUUCUUCGUUUUCUCUCCUUCUUUGAAGCGUUCUUUCCUUUGUGCUCAUUCUCCUCCUUCCGCCCCUCUUCUUCUUCGUUGCCUCCUCUUUGCAUCGCUCUUCCCUUUGUGCUCCUCCUACUUCUCCUCCUCCUCCUCUUCUUUUUUUGCACUUCUCUUUUGCAGCGUCCUUCCCUUUGUGCUCCUCCUCCUCUUCCUCCUUGUUGUUGUUGCUGUUGUUUUCUUCUUCUUCUUUAUUGCUUCUUCCUCCUUUUCUCUCUUUCUCUUUUAUUGCUUCCUCGUUCUUCUCUUUGAUUUUUCUUUGAUUUUUUUUUCACCAAGUAAAAGUUACGUGAUUUUAAUUUUUUUUUAA